AUGGAGAACGACCUGCACUCGGCGGCGGACGACCCCACCGCCACUGCGCCGAAAGUCUCGACGCCGGCUGUCCCCAGCGAGUCGUCUACAGAGCGGCGGAUGUUCGACAAACCGAACCUCCAGCUCCACGACCCCGACCCCUACGCCUUCGCCAACCGCAUCCGCAAGCUCGUGGUGAUCGCGAGCCUGCUGGCGUGCUUGGCGGCCGCGCCCUUCUUCUCUCGGGUCUUUGCCUACCAGGUCCGUCGGGGCCAGAUGCAGGCCGAGUACGAAACGGCGACGAAGGCGCUGGGCGAAAUGGCGCCGCAGCUCAAGGCCUUCGAAGAGGCCUCGCGGUCGAUUGCCCGCAAGGUCGGCCCCAGCGUCGUCAGCAUCAACCGCCUGACCCUCUCUCGCGGCGGCCGGACGAUGUUCCAAGGGAUCGGCUCGGGCUUCAUCGUCGAUCCUGAGGGCUACGUCAUCACCAACUAUCACGUCAUCAACCAAGCCGAACGGCUCAUUGUCCGCUUCAGCAACGGCGAGAGCUCCGAUGCAUCGAUCGUUGGCGGCGACCAGCGCACCGACCUCGCGGUGCUGAAGAUCGACGGCGGCAAUCUCCCAGCGCUCGAGUGGGCCGACAGCGACCAGCUCCAGAUGGGCGACCUCGUCUGGGCCGUCGGCAGCCCCUUCGGCCUGGAAAACAGCAUCACCUUCGGCAUCGUCAGCUCAACGUCGCGCCGUCGUGACAGCGGCAUCACCGAAGAUAUCUACCAAGAGUUCUUCCAAUCCGACGUCGCCAUCAACCCGGGUAACUCGGGCGGCCCGAUGGUCAACCUCGCCGGCAAGGUCGUUGGCGUCAACACGAUGAUCGUCGGUGAGUCGUACGCCGGCGUCUCGCUGUCGAUCCCCAGCCGCGUAGCGCGCGACCACUACGAGCAGAUCCGCGAGAAGGGCUUCGUCGAACGCGGUUUCCUCGGCAUCGACCCCUCGGCGCCGACCACGACGCUGCGUCAGAAGCUCGGCCUUGAGCGUGGCGAGGGCGUCGCCAUCAACAACCUCCGCACCAACACCCCCGCCGCCGACGCCGGCCUCCGCAAUAACGACGUCAUCCUCCAGUGGAAUGACCACAAGGCGGUCGAUCCGAGCCUCCUCAGCCAACGCAUCGCCGCCACCGAAGUCGGCUCCGAAGCAAAGGUCGUCGUCCGCCGGUUGGAGAACGGCGCUCCUGUGGACAAAGAACUGACCGUCCGCGUCGGCCGCCGAACCGAUGAGGGAUCGCCUGUGAGCUUCGCCGGGGCUGACGACGCCAAGGAACGGGUCCGCCAAGCCACCGACAUAGUCGAUCUGGUCGGCAGCUACUUGCAGCUGCGCAGGCAGGGACGCGGCUACGUCGGCCUCUGCCCCUGGCACGACGACUCGAAGCCCAGCUUCCAGGUGAAUCCCGACCGGCAGUCGUUCAAGUGCUGGGUCUGCGACAUCGGUGGCGACGUCUUCUCGUUCCUGAUGAAGAUGGACGGCCUCGAGUUCCGCGAGGCGCUGGAGCAACUCGCCGACCGCGCCGGCAUCGAGCUACGUCCCGCCCAGCCAGGGCAGCGCAUCGAGCCCGGCUCGCCCGGCGACAAGAAGACGUUGCUAGCCGCGAUGGCCUGGGCCGUCGAACGGUACCACCACUGCCUACUCGAAGCCCAACAAGCCGAGCCCGCGCGGGCCUACCUCGCCGAGCGCGGCGUCUCGGCUGAGGCCAUCCAGCGUUUCCGCAUCGGCUUCGCGCCGCAGGGCUGGGAUUGGCUUCUCAAGCAGGGCCCCGGCGCCGGCUACUCGCCCGCCGUGCUGGAACGCGUCAACUUGAUCGCGUCGCGCAGCUCGGGCGACGGCUACUACGACCAGUUCCGCGGCCGCGUGCUCUUCCCGAUCCGUGACGUGCGCGGCCGGCCCGUCGCGAUUGGCGGGCGGAUCAUUCCGCAGCUAGCAGAGGCAGAGGCGCGCCCCGAUUACAAACCGGCCAAGUACGUCAACUCGUCGGAAACGCCCAUCUACUCCAAGAGCCACACGCUCUACGCCCUCGACUUGGCGAAAGAGGGCUCGUCGCAGCUUAGCGAGCUGGUCGUUGUCGAGGGCUACACCGACGUCAUCGCCUGCCAUCAGGCGGGCGUCACGAAUGUCGUCGCCUGUUGCGGCACCGCGAUGGGCGAGGGCCACCUGAAGCUCGUCCGCCGCUUUACCGACCGCCUCGUGCUCGUGCUCGACGGGGACGAGGCCGGCCGGCGCCGUGCUAGCGAGCUGCUGGAACUUUUUAUCGCUAGUCCGAUCGAUCUUCGGAUUCUGACCUUGCCUGGAGGGCUCGAUCCGUGUGAUUUUGUAGCGUCACAUGGAAGUGACAAGUUCGCGGACCUGGUCGCCCAGGCCCCGGACGCCCUCGAACACAAACUGCAGAGCGUGACCAACGGAAUGGUCCUCUCAGCUGACAACACGCACGCCGCGACGCGCGCCGCCGAGCAAAUGCUCGCGACGCUCGCGCGCACCCGCCCGCUGCUCGGCGAAGCGCCCAGCGCGUUCUUCUUGCGUGAGCAGUCGAUCGUCGGCCGGUUGUCGCGGCGCCUCCGUCUCCCCGAAGAAAGCCUCCGCAAGCGGCUCAGCGAACUGCGUCAGUCGGCUGACUCCAAGCCGCUGGUCGCCGCCCGCGUCGAAGCGAUCGAAGACGCCGCCCCCCGCCGCGUCCGCGCCACGGAGCUUCCCUCUUGGGAGCGAGAAGCGAUUGAGCUGAUGCUGCUCGGCGACGACUUCGCUCAGAAGCUCACGCAGGACCUCGACGAGGUCGACUUCCACGGCGCUGCCCGCGAGCUGUUUGUCGCCUUCCGCGACGCGGCCCUCGCCGGCGAGGCCACUUACGAACACCUGAUGUCAAUCAUCGAAGACGAGCCGCUAAGGAUGCUUCUCAUCGAGAUCGAUGAGCUUGGCUCGGGACGCACCACCAGCGACCCGGUCAAGCGACUAAACGACCUUCUGCUCAUCCGCCAGCGUCGCCAUGAGGGCGCCGCUCGCGGUGAGCAGAUAUCGGCUCUCCGCAGUGGAGAGCUCUGCGAGAGCGAAGCGGACCAGGCGGUCGCCGCCUUGUUUGCUUCGCGAAAACGCCACGAGACAGGUUCCCCGUCCACGGAAGGAUAG